AUGAAAAUUUACAUUAUAAGUGUUAUUUUGUGUCUGAUUGGAUCAGUUCAUAAUGCCAACAUACAACGAGUUUCACGAAACACCGAAGCAAUUAUUCCUUCGAUCGUUCAAGAGAUUUUAAAAGUUGAACUUCAAUCAGAUUUGAAGAAGAAUAGUUUAGUUGAGGUAACAGAAACAGAAUUCAAUGUUAAAGAUGGAACUGUUGAAGAGAAAACAGCCAAAAUUGAAGUUCCUUCUGAAGUUGAGAAGGUGAUACCAGAAAUUAUGGAAGCUGUUGCUGAAGAAAAACUAAAGGUAGAACCGAUGGAAAUUGUCAAAGAAAUAGAAGAAAAAAUUAAAGAAGUUCCUGUUAUGGCUGAUGAAGUUAAAUCUGAAGUAACUGUUGUUAAGGAAGAAUCUGUGGUGCAACCAGAGAUGAUUAAAGAAACAAUUGCUAUUGUACCAGCAUCUGAUCUCCGUCAAGAAACACCAGCAGAAGUUGUCAUUACUCAAGAAGAGAUCGUUGUACCAUUGGUAAGAAAUGUUAUCAAAGAAGAAAUUCCACAAGUCGAGGAGUUGCGUAAUGUUUUGGUAGAAGAAAAAAAUACCGUUAAGGAAGCUAUCGUAGCACCUGUUGCUUCACCAAUUGUCGAACCUAAACCUGCUGUUGAAAUUGAUAUGGAAAUCAAAACCGUUUCGGCUGUUGAUCCAGUCAAAGAAAUUAUUCUUUCAGAAGAAUCAAAACCAGAACAAGAAAUUAAAGCUGUGCCUGAGACAAUUGUUGUAAUGAAGGAAGUUGAAGAAGUUCAGAAGCCACUUGAAGAAAUGAAGCCACUUCAAGAUGAAGUCAAACAAAUUCAAGAUGAAAUGAAAGCUGAAAAGCCAAUCGUUGAAGAAGAAUUAAAAUUGAAGAAAGAAGAAGUUGAAUUGAAAAAGGAAGAUGAACCAGUUGAAGUAAAAAAAGUCGAAGUUUUGGAACCAAUGGCUUCAGAAACUGCCAUGCCAGUCGUUCAAGAAAUGGACAAAGAAAAAAUCUUAAUUGAAACAAAAAUCCCAGAGAUGAAGAUCGUCGAAAAUGAGAAGAUUGUUGUUGGAACAGACGACAUGGAAAUCCGCCAAGAUCGUCCAACAAUUGUUCAACAAGUACAAGAAGCCUUAUCUAAUGUUCCAGUUAUUGGUCAAAUUCUCAACCGUAAUCCACCAGCAGCAGCCGAUGAACCAGCAGUCGCUGAUGAAUCAGAAACAACACCACGUCCAGGUGUUUUACAAGUUGCACAACAAGCCCUUCAGAACUUUCAAAAUGCCAUAAAUUCCAUUAACCCAUUGAAUCCAUUGACUGCUAAUAAUGGAGCUGGAGAAACAACAACUCGUCAGCCUGGACCUCUUCAGGGUGCCAUUAAUCUUGCACAAACUGCAUUCCAAAACGUUGCCAGUGCAGCUCAAAAUCUUGUAAACCCCACAACAACAACAACUACACCAAAAGCAGAUGAAGUAUCUGAAGAGAAAAUCACGGAAGCAGAGGCCCCAGCAGACGUUGUAACUGAUGCCACACUCGAAAUGAAAAAAGAAGAAGUCGCAGAAUCAGAGUCAAAAAAAGAAGAAAGCAAUGAGCAACAAAAUUUAGUCAAAAAUUAA